AGUAUAUGACAUAUUUUCGAUUUCAGUUAACUGUAGCUGAAGAGUAUUAUAGAUAACUGAUAAGUAUUGUGUAUAAUUAGUCAAUAUUUAAUAAAUUCUUCACACUUAAAUUUAUUGAUAUUAUUAAUGUAAAAUAGCUUACUCUUUAAGAUGACUGAUGAUAGUACAAUUGAUGUCAAAAAUAACUUUAAUCAUCUGAUUACAGAAGAAAAGAACAAACACACCGUGUAUUGCACAAAAUGCCCAUCCAAGAUUUUGUCAUCUACAAUGGGAAAGCAUUUAAGAAUCGAAUUCAAUCUUCCACACAUGUCUCAGAAAAAAAACUGCGAGGCUGUUGAAUGUGAACUGUUGGCAGAUUACUGGAUGGUUCCAGAUAUGUAUAUGUUUGAUAAUAUUGGAUUCUCGAAGACUGUUGAAUCUGGAAUUAAAUAUCUUAUAUGUGCUGACUGUGAAAUUGGACCAAUUGGAUGGUAUGACGAUAACACUAAGCAAUCUUAUGUAGCACUGUCCAGAGUUAAACAUGCUGAAGAUUUGUGAUAUUUAAUAGAAUUGUAAAUACUUAAAACAUUCUAAUUUUAUUAUGAUAUAUUUAUAGAUUAACAGUAAUAACUGAAAUAUUAAAAAUAUAUAUUUUUAAGUUAAUUAUA